GUAGUGCUCUUCCACUGUGUAGAAACCGCACUGAGUGCAUCGCAGCAGGUGAUGCAGGUACUAGCUGCCCCUACCGCCACCCAUGUGUUUCAUAAGCAUCAGUGUGCGUGUGUUUCUUGUAGUCAUCCUUGUGACUUCCUGAACAUCGCUUGCAGAGGGCACGGUGGUGCGUCGAGAGGAGGUGCACAGCGUCACCCUCAGCACAGAAGAAGUUGCUGUGCAAGUAGUAAAGGUGCUGACUAACUAUGGGGUCAUUCAUCCGCACCAUAAAUACCCAAUUGAGGCCGGUGGGUUCACAGCAUGGCCGACUGGACAAUGCAAGCGCCAGCCAUGUAGGUUAAUGACACGGUCUGUAUGUUGUUGUGGUUCAAGUUGCCGU